UCUUCGAGGGACUCCUUUGAAAACCUACCUAAAGCCAGCCAGCCGACUCUAGGGUUUAAGAAACCCGCAUAUAUCUGAAACACCUUAAACCCUAAACUAUUAAUACUCACUCUCACCACCAUGGUCCUAAUCUCCUUGAUUGCAGAUGGGUUAUGCUCCUCCUCCUACUAACAACACGAAACUCAAACCACAACAACAACCGCUUGAUCAAUCUUUCGUAGAAGUCGAAGACUCUUUUCUUGACACUCUUUUAAAUUUUGAGGGUUGGGUUGAAGAUCAUCCGAACAUAUCACUGGCUGAAGUUAUGAACCCAGAACAAAACCCUAGGUUGGAACAAAUGAACACUUCAGAAGGGUCUAAAAAUUUAGGGGAUUUGAUUGAGGAACAGAUUGGUAAGGUUUGUUUAACAUCUGGUGCUGAAUUAAAGGAAGAAGUGAAUGAUAACAAUGUAAGUAACGGUGAUGUUGAUAAUGGUGAAGUGAAAACUGUUGAGGGUGACGUGGAGGAUUCUGAGGAGGAGGAUGAAUCGAGUAGUAGUGGUAAUAGUUUGAGUAGUGAUGAUGAUGAUGAGGAGGAGGAGGAGGAGGAAGAGGGUGUAAAAGGUGAGGGUGAAAUGGAAGAAGGGGAGAUAAAAGAUGAAGUAAUUGCUUGGAGUGAUGCUGAUGAUGAAGAUGGUGAUGGAGUGAAAGGCCCGAUUCGGUCCAAGAAUGAGGUUCAGGAUCUCCCUCCAGUCACUCCGGUGACUGUAACCAUACAACCCCAUCAUCAGACACUUCCAGUUGGAGCUGUAUUAUCGAUUAUGGGCUCUCAAGUGGUUGUGGAAGGAGUGGAGGUUCAUAACCCUUUAAGUGAGGGCUCGAUUCUAUGGAUCACAGAAAGCAGAUCACCGCUAGGGUUAGUGGAUGAAAUAUUUGGACCCGUAAAGAAUCCUUACUAUAUCGUCCGGUACAACUCUGAAACCGAGAUCCCUACUGGGCUCGAACAAGGCAGCUUGAUCUCUUUUGUUCCUGAAUUUGCAGAUUAUGUUCUAAACAACAACAAUCUUUAUAAAAAAGGUUACGAUGCGUCUGGUGAAAAUGAUGAAGAGUUAUCUGAAGAAUUAGAGUUCUCGGAUGAUGAGAAGGAGGCGGAGUACAAGAGAAUGAUCAAAAUGGCAAAGAGGGGAUCAACUGGAGAGAAAAAUGGGCGUACGAAAACGGAUAAGAAGUCCAAAAACCGCGGUGGUAACUGGAAAAAUGAUCAACAGCCUUCGGCUAGUGGGCCUAAUCAUGGGCCUACAAGUGGGCCUAACAAUGGGCCUACUUGCGGACCUACCAGUGGACCGUACGCGUUUUCACAGGCACCUAACAUCCCUUCUGGAGUUUGGCCAUUCGGGUUCUCGCCAAUUCAGCUACAAAAUAUCGGGUUUCCUCCCAAUGGACCGCCAUUUAUGCAACAGAACUUUAUUCAGCAACCCUUUCAGAAUCCACAAUUCAAUACUCCACCGGGCCAGAUGUUUUCUGGUAACUUUGUUCCAGGUGUUCCUCCCAAUUUUGGUGCAUUUGUGUCUUGGCCUUCAGGUAUGCCUCAGAAUAACUUCAACCAAUCACAAAUGGGCCCGCCAAUGGUGUUCGCGGGCUUACCACAAGGAGUUGCAAUGCCUAAUCAACUUCAAAUGGAAAACAAUAACGGUGUUGUGAGACCUUUUGUUGCUGCUGCAAAUGGUGAAAGUUCUCAAAAUCCUAAUCAAGGCAACGGGUUUUCAAAUCGUGGAGGGAGAAAGCCGUUUCAAAGGAGGGGUGGUUGUUUCAGAGGUGGCAGAAGUGGACCGCGAUCCGGGUGAGUCGUGAACGUUUUGUUAUUUUUUGGAUUAGUUUUCUGUGUUUUAUUUGUGAUACAAAGAAGUAACUGCUGCUUUAGCUGCAAGUUAUUUUGAUGUAAAAUUUAUAUUAUGUUAUAUAUGUGGUUUUAGUGUUUUCAAA